GACUGUUGAUGAAAAAAGGAAAAAAACGCCCUACGUGAGAUUCCAGGAUUCGUGACCAACGACACGGCGGAAAUAUGGAAGCAAAAAUAACAGAACUUGAAGUGAAAGACGUGAGGUUUCCCACGUCACUGACAAGCGAUGGUUCAGAUGCAAUGCAUGUUGAUCCUGACUAUUCUUGCGCCUAUGUGAUUCUUUCAACAUCAGACGGCUGGAAGGGAUAUGGACUUACUUUUACCAUUGGAAAGGGGACAGAAGUAGUCGUAACUGCUGUGAAAGCUUUAUCACGAUUAUUUAUUGGCCGGAAUUUAAUGUCAAUUUACAACAACUUUGCUAAUUUCUGGAGAGAACUGACAAGUGAUUCUCAGCUGAGAUGGAUAGGACCUGAAAAAGGUGUAAUACAUCUCGCUACAGCGGCUAUUAUAAAUGCCCUUUGGGAUUUAUGGGCAAGAAGGGAGAACAAACCUCUUUGGAAAUUGCUCACGGACAUGGAUCCAGAAAAACUAGUGAAUACAAUAGAUUUUCGAUACAUAACAGAUGCUAUUACGAAAGAAGAAGCACUGGAAAUGUUGAGAAAAAAUCAAAAGGGCAAGAAAGAAAGAGAGGCCUUGUUAUUAUCUGAAGGAUAUCCUGCUUACUGCACUAGUGUUGGCUGGCUUGGAUAUAGUGAUGAUAAAAUAAAAAAGCUCUGCAGAGAGAAAUUAAAAGAAGGAUUUACUGCGUUUAAAGCUAAAGUCGGUCAAAGUAUUGAAAGUGACAAAAGAAGACUGGCUUUAAUAAGAGAAGAAAUUGGUAAAGAUAAUAUACUGAUGGUAGAUGCCAACCAGAAAUGGGACGUCAGCGAAGCAGUAUCUUGGAUGAAGGAACUUGUUGAUUUUAAUCUUCUGUGGAUCGAAGAACCGACAAGCCCAGAUGAUAUUUUAGGACAUGCAGCUAUUUCAAAAGCUCUUCAACCAUAUGGCAUCGGAAUUGCUACUGGAGAACAAUGUCACAAUCGAGUAAUGUUUAAGCAGAUGAUACAAGCUGGCUCACUGCAGUUCUGUCAAAUAGAUUCUUGCAGACUAGGUGGCGUAAAUGAAAUUUUAUCAGUUUAUCUGAUAGCAGCAAAGUACGGAGUCCCAGUGUGUCCACAUGCAGGAGGAGUAGGACUCUGCGAAUUAGUUCAACACUUAGCAGCGUGGGACUUCAUUUCUCUGAGUGCAUCUUUGGAUAAGAGAAUGACAGAAUACGUGGAACACCUUCACGAGCAUUUUGAAACACCUGUUGUCAUAAAAAAUGGCCAUUACAUGCUUCCCACCACUCCAGGUUAUAGUUCUAAAUUGAAAGAAGAUACAAUUACGGACUAUGAAUUUCCAAAUGGCAAAGUAUGGUUGAAAUUAUUUGAAGAAGGAAAAUUUCAGAAACCUGUGUUAUGUAAUUAACUCAUAUGUGUGACUUGAUUAGUAGUCAUAAAAGAGCUUUUUGAAAAAAAAAAAAAAAAAAAAAAAAGGGGGAUCUUAAUGUGAAAAACAAACUAUGAAGAACUUUAUAUUAUGAUAUAUAGUUAUACUUGUUUACUAUAAUGUCAUAUUUAAGACUACAUUAAAGUUUGUCUUUGUAAUUAAAAUAUAGUUUACAAAUAAAAUUUACUAUUCAAAUUCUACAAAAA